AAGUAUUUUCAUAUCAUCGUAGAUAAGUGUAAUUAAACAUGGAUUUAUUCGUAAUUAUCGGACUCUUAUUCGUAGUCUACUAUUCCGUCUAUCUCGUUCUUCCCUCCUUCUUGGAUUGCGACAUACUGCUCGCUUUUAAGGAAAAAUACGGCAAACCCGUAUCUUCGUUGAAAGGCAAGACAGUAUGGAUAACAGGUGCAUCUACCGGUAUCGGAGAACAUUUAGCUUACGUGUUAGCCAAAGCGGGCUGCAAAUUAAUCUUGUCCGCUCGGAGAAUCGCUGAAUUAGAACGAGUGAAGAAGACGUGUUUGGAAGAGAACAGAAACUUAACUGACAAUGAUGUGGAAGUUUAUCCUAUGGAUGUGCUUGAUUUGGACUCGCACGAAAAAGCAUUCGAACAUGUAAUCAAUAAAUUUGGCAAGGUAGAUUUAUGGUGA